GUUUCGUGUAAGUCGUCUUGUUUAAUGCACCCUUGACGACGUGCUAACAACAACCCUUCACGGUUGCCAAGAAUCAACCACAAUCAAGUAAACAAUGAGGCUUUUAACUGUUUUUGUAUUUCUUUUUGCUUCUUUCUUUACCUCAAAUGCUAUUUACUUCUACUUUGAUGGUUCCAAACCAAAAUGUUUCUUGAAAGACAUGAGCAAAAAUAGAGUGGUCACCGGUUCUAUAAAACCUGAACAAUGGAAUGAAGAUAUGAAGAAAUGGGUUCCUAACGAUAAGGCUAAGAUCCGUGUCCAAGUGGAUGAAACAUUCGCAAACAAUCACAUUAUUUACCAGAAGGACUUAGUGGCUAGUAACGUGCUUCGUUUUACUCCCCUUAGUGAAGGCACCCAUCGCAUUUGCUAUAUCUCUGACAGUGACGGCGGAUGGUUUUCUGCUACAAAGACCAGGCUGCAUGUCAAUAUUGGUUCUGAUGAUAAGUAUAAUCUCAUAGCAUCAUCAGAAGAUGAAGCCAAAGACGUUGCGGAUCGUGUAGAAGCCCUUAAUUCACGAUUGGAAUCCAUUUACAAUGAACAAGUGAAACAGCGUAACCGUGAAAUGGUAUUCCGUGAUUCCAGUGAGCAUGCGAAUUCACGAGUCGUUAGAUGGACUAUCAUUCAAAUCGUUGUGCUAUUAAUAAGCAGUGCUUGGCAGCUAUCUCACCUUCAACAAUUUUUCGUAAAAGAAAAAUUGGUUUAAUCGACGUUUAAGUAGUUGGUCUGCUUGUCUACUACCAAUGCUACAACAAGCAAAUUUUACUGCUGAUUUAUCAAGCGCUCCUUUUUUCUUGCUUAUAGUAUCAGCUUCUUAAAAAAUGGCAUAUAUAUACAAAUAAACUAUUAUGUUAUUGUUACAUCUAAAUACCAAUUACUUGCUAUUAUUUGCAACCAGAAGUUCGUAAAGGAGACAAUUAUUAGCCUCAACUACAUACGUUGUGGUUCAAAACUAGACAUAUUAACGUUAAUUGAAGAUAUUUAUUCAUAAACUACCUCGAUUUUUAGCUUGCAAUCAUAUGUAAGCUUUUGAUUGCUCACGGCUAUUGGUAACUAAGAUGUGGAUUCUAAAGCGACAUCUUUCCGCAUAUUAAUUGUAACUCCUGAUUGGCAUAUUGAACCUUCCGUUGACUCUAACAGUUGCAUUUUUCGCAAAGUUUCUUGGAAUUCAUAAUGAACAGUCUGUAAACUGCCAAUAGCAACUUGAAAUUGGAGUAAUUCAACAUUAUAUCUUUCAAAUUCAAGGUCUUCUUUCCCGAGCUCAAUCCUUGAUGAAUUUUCUUUAUCUAUAUGAUGAUCCCUGUUUAAAUUAACGUCAGGUUGUUCUUGAAUAUUUGUGUUAUCGACAUUCUUUAAUACAUCGAAGAAAUCAUUACACGUAACCGAAGAAACAGAGGAUUCCAAGUUAGAAGCAUCUGUCAAGUCAUUGCGAUAGCUUUCAGUAAUGGACUCAGACUCUGAAUGCGAUAAUCUUCCUUGUUCAUCUGAAGGUUGAUUUCCAGGAGGAAUAUCAUCUUCUUUGGAAUAAUUUUCUUUGGAAUCAGGUUCUGUUUUAUCUGGCUUUUGGUAGGAAGUUUUGGAGAUUCCGUUCACAGGUUUAAUGUUCGCAUAUAACUGAAGGGUAACGUUUUUCUUCUGUGGCUCAGGAUAUUCUCUUUUUCCAAAAUAUGAUACAAGAGAAGUACAUAUGUUGCAAAAAAAAGUCUGGAAGUUUGGUAUUAUGUUUUGGCAUGUCUCCUGGAUAUAUUGAAUCUGAUUAAACAUGAAGUUUGAAAUGAUUAUUUGUAGACAAAAGAAAGAAUUCGCUUCACUCUUAAUUUCAAAGAAGCAUUUUUUGCAGCUCUGCAGCUCAUGGAACAAUUGUUCUCUGUGUACUUCCUGGCGGAUGGAGUAAUUUAGGAAUAUCGGUUUUUGUGAAUAUAGUAUUAAAAAGUUUAUUGAUGACAUGGAGAAUUCAAACAUGUCCUUUGCUUUGGUCCAUCCAAAAUGGACUAGUCCAUUUGUUUCCAAUUCUUUGAUCCAGAAGUUAAGUUGUUCGUUAAUUGCAUGGAGAGGAGAAACGGCAUUCAUUUUUUUUAUUAACUCAAUUUUAGAUUGGUUUUGAUUGUGGAAUGGAAUAGGAAAUGACAUGGCGAAAAAGAUAUUGAAGACAUUUUUCAAUCGAAAGAACAGCUGUAAGAAUUUUAAAGAAAUGAUCUUGUC